CUGUUUGUAUUUCUCUUAUGGUGUUUAUGGGAUCUCGAAAAAUCAUUUUUCAUAAAAGUGACAGGUGAGGUUAGAAGAGUGGCUAAUCACUGAGAGAACUACACCUGUAAAGUGUGUAACCUACGAAUAUUAUCGUAUGAUUCAUACUAAAUAUAUCUAUAUAGAGAGAGAGAGAGAAAGAUUUCAGCUCCAACUUCCAACGAGACUGCGUGUGGUAUCCUUAUAGAUUGGCUGCAAUAUUACCCUUUUUCAUUUUUGAAGUAUCGUUUGAAAUUGAAGUACAAUGGCACUUUCCUUCAGGGAAGAAAGAGAUACCUUUGGAGCCAUUCAAGUUCCCUCCGAGAAAUUAUGGGGAGCACAAACUCAAAGAUCGUUGCAGAACUUCGAUAUCGGUGGGCCCCGCGAACGCAUGCCCGAACCCAUCAUUCGCGCCUUUGGCGUCUUGAAGAAAUGCGCUGCUAAGGUGAACAUGGAGUAUGGUCUUGAUCCCAACGUCGGAGAAGCAAUAAUGCAAGCAGCACAAGAAGUAGCCGAGGGAAAACUAAACGACCAUUUUCCUCUCGUUGUAUGGCAAACUGGGAGUGGCACUCAAAGUAACAUGAAUGCUAACGAGGUUAUUGCAAACCGAGCAGCAGAGAUUCUUGGCCAUAAGCGUGGUGAGAAGUUUGUGCACCCAAAUGACCAUGUCAAUAGAUCACAGUCUUCUAAUGAUACAUUCCCAACUGUAAUGCACAUUGCAGCCGCAACGGAAAUAAACUCAAGACUGAUCCCCAGCCUUAAAACGUUACACGAUACUCUAAACUCAAAGUCAGUUGAAUUUAAAGAUAUUGUCAAGAUUGGACGCACUCAUACUCAAGAUGCAACACCUUUGACUCUUGGACAAGAGUUUAGUGGAUAUACUACACAAGUGAAGUACGGUAUUGAUAGAGUAAUUGACACUUUGCCACGCAUGUAUCAGCUUGCCCAGGGUGGUACAGCUGUAGGGACUGGAUUGAAUACCAAGAAGGGGUUUGAUGCCAAGAUAGCAGCAGCAGUAGCUGAGGAAACAAAUCUGCCUUUUGUCACGGCAGAAAAUAAGUUUGAGGCCUUGGCUGCCCAUGAUGCUUUUGUUGAAACUAGUGGAGCCCUUAACACUGUUGUGGCUUCAUUGAUGAAGAUUGCUAAUGAUAUACGGUUAUUGGGAAGUGGUCCACGCUGCGGUCUUGGGGAGCUCAUUCUUCCUGAAAACGAACCAGGAAGCAGUAUUAUGCCUGGGAAGGUUAACCCGACCCAGUGUGAGGCUUUGACGAUGGUGUGUGCACAGGUCAUGGGAAACCAUGUUGCAAUCACAGUGGGUGGAUCAAAUGGUCAUUUUGAGCUCAAUGUGUUCAAGCCAAUGAUUGCCAAUUGUCUCCUGCAUUCGCUGAGACUGCUUGGAGAUUCGUCUGCUUCCUUUGAAAAGAAUUGUUUGAGAGGUAUUCAAGCUAAUAGGGAAAGAAUUUCAAAAUUACUGCAUGAGUCACUUAUGCUUGUCACAUCCUUAAACCCAAAAAUCGGUUAUGACAAGGCAGCAACAGUUGCCAAGACAGCUCACAAAGAGGGGACUACUCUUAAGGAAGCUGCAUUGAAACUCGGAGUGCUCUGCUCUGAAGAUUUUGACAAGCUUGUGGUACCUGAGAAAAUGCUUGGACCAUCUGAUUGAUUGGCUCGAAUGUUUUGUUCUUAUAAUUCCUUGUUUCAUCAUCGGCUCCAUUGAAGUAUUAAGUAUUAUUUAUACGAAAGCAAAAAGCUUAUAUACAUAUAUCCUAGAACAAUGCACCAAAGACCUUAGGGUCAAGGUUUAUAAAAUUGUGGUUAUGAUUGCAGAUGCGAUUAUCGCGAUUGUGGUUAUUGCAGCAGCUACAGCGGGAAAUAAUCUUAUGUUUGUACCUGAUACUAAAAACAUGUAAUUCUUUAUGUACCUUUUAUUUAGAAUGUUAUAUAAACUUCUUCUUUUUUUUUAA